CACACCAUUCGGCAAUAACACCAUCCCGUUGUUCGUCGUCUGCAAGUAUCAACAGCUCUGCCACCAUCUGAGUUAAACCAUCGACCCGUCGGUCAUCGAGAUGCACAGAUCCAUCAGGGUGGUGCAGGUGCUUUGGGCCCAGUUGCUCUGCGGGUGGGUUCUGGGGUCCGAACUAACUUUUGAGCUGCCAGACAACGCUAAGCAGUGCUUUUAUGAAGACAUCAUCAUCGGCACAAAGUGCACACUGGAAUUUCAGGUAGUGACUGGGGGUCACUAUGAUGUGGACUGUUGUCUUGAGGACCCAGACAGCACUGUUCUCUACAAGGAGAUGAAGAAACAAUAUGACAGCUUUACCUUUACAGCAGCCAAGAAUGGCACCUACAAAUUCUGCUUCAGCAAUGAGUUCUCUACAUUCACGCACAAGACAGUCUACUUUGACUUCCAGGUUGGCGAGGACCCACCACUGUUCCCCAAUGAGAACAGAGUCACAGCUCUCACCCAGAUGGAGUCAGCCUGUGUCUCUAUUCAUGAGGCUCUGAAGUCAGUCAUUGACUACCAGACGCACUUCCGUCUUCGUGAGGCACAGGGACGCAGUCGGGCAGAGGACCUUAAUACCCGUGUGGCAUUCUGGUCUAUUGGUGAGGCCUUCAUCCUUCUGGUGGUCAGCAUCAGCCAGGUGGUCCUAUUGAGAAGCUUCUUCUCGGACAAGAAAACCACCACAACCCGAGUUGGAUCGUAACGAUUUCUGAAGCAAGAGAGUGGUUUCACAUGAAUUCCUUUUUUUCCAGACCUGGGCUAUUACAUGUAUAGUAGGUUAGAAUAGCAGUACUGAUCUGAGAUCAGACUAUAUCAUAGUUUUAGUUUAUAUGGUCAGACAAGUGAUCCACGAUCAGUAGUCCUAUUCUUAGAAGUUUUAUGCAGACAGGUGUUGGGUAAAACUGUUAAAACUGUUUCGAUGUUUUUUUAGAGAGAAAAAUGUUUAAAUUAGUUUUGCCUGUAAUAUCCAAUUUGGAGGAAGUUAUGGUUGGUUGUUUUAAAAAAAUCAACUCUACAGAUACUUUAUUUAAAAAUCCUAUCCAAAUUGUUCAUUUUUAAGUAUGAUGUUUUUACCCGGGUCUGCCUCCAUUGUCUUGUGUUGUCUGUCCCAGGUUUGUUAUCUCCUCUUCAACCCAAAGUAUGUGCGGUGGGAGCCAAGGCAGUUGCAGAAUAUGAUAGAUAUCAGAAUUUGUUUCUUUGUCUGUGUAGCAUCCGACUCGGAAGCAUUGAAUGAUUGGAGUUUCUUAUGAAUGUUUCAUAUAUCUAUGACCAGUCCUUGAAUUGAUUUGUUUCUCUUGUCCUUUCCUAAUGAAACCUGAUUUGAUUGAAUGAGACAGUCAAACCAUUGUAAUCCAAAGGAAUUGAAUCAAGUGCAAGUCUAGUCAGAAAGGCACGAACUGAUGAAGCCUCUUGGAUGAGAGGCGAAACGUCUUCACGGAUAUACAACCAAGUCCAGUUGCACUUGAUUAAUUUCCUUUGGAUAACUAUGACCUGGAUGAAUGAGAACAUUCACAGUCAAACCAUUGUAGUCACAAAAUUGUGUCACUUCAAAUUAGCCUUUUUUUUCUCUUUUUUUUUUUUAAGGGAGCAUGCUACUCGGCAUAUUAAGCAAUUUUUCCAUAACCAGUUAUUUGCUUGAAAUGUUACCUAACUCAGUCUUACUUUUGGAUUGAUGGGUUGAAGUCAGAAAAACACAAGCAGUUCUCUAUAAAGUGACUGCAGACACAAUCGUUUCAACAAAAUGAGAAUGAGCAUUCAUAGCAUACGUUUUUCUGUUGCUUUUUUCUGGUUCAGUUACAUUCACUGAAUUACAAGUUUUAAUCUAAGGUCAUGCUGUGAACUUGCUUUUUAACAUUGCCUAAUUAAAUGAAAAUCCGAAUUGAAAUUUUUCAGUUAAAGAUGGGGUCUACUAUGAACACUGCACUAUGUUAAUGUCAGGAUGAGUCCUGUAGAGUGUAAGAUAAAAGAAGAAAAACUUGUAUUGCUCAUGUUUUUGGAAAUGAUAAACUAUAUAGUGAUUACAGCAGCAGGUUCAAAUGCAUCAUCUUAUUUUAAAAGUCUUUCACAUGAGCCCUUGCUAUGUUAUAUCUUAUUCUGCCUUUGGUGUUUUAAUUGUAACAACUUUAUUUAUUAAGUGGGUUCAUAUGUCUUUGGUUUUUACAACUUUGUUGCUAAAUCAUAUUGUUAUAUUGCUUUGUAAAAUACUUGAUGAAUGUAAAAACAUUGGUUAUCCGAUUUGAAGCGGCAAAUGGAAAGAUUAGACCCUAUCAAGCCAUUUGAACAAUGCAGUUUAUUUUCAAAAUGAACUUGUGAGAUUUAGAUGGCUUGGGCGAUUUUAAAAGUAUUGGGUUUACGAAACAGUUUUGGGUCUUACCACUCCCACAUUCAUUAUAUUGUCCUUUGGUCACCAGGUUCAAGUUAUAUGUAAAAAAAAAAAGUUUCAGUGUGUUUUUAGUGUAGAUUAUUACACGAGAUUCUAUUAUGCACAUUGGGGUAAGUAGAGCAUAGUAGUUCAUACAUUAUUAGUGGGUUCAUUGCAAACAAGAAGACUUUGUUUCAGUCAGGAGUCAUGCACCCAAUUCCUAGAGAAGCGAUUUUUCUCUAGAAAUUGCUACCUUGUCAAAAAUAUGGUGGUUGGUAUUGAUGAAAGAAAUGUAUAAAUUCAAACCAGUUGUCUCUAAUCUCAAAUUUGAAUCGGUUCAGCUUUCUCUGCUUUUACCUGGAUUAUUCAGCAUGCGUAGACAGUUGUCUCUUAAUUUUUUAACUAUUGUGCUGGUAGUAUGAGAUCCAGCUAUCAAGAGAAAUGAAGACAACAAAAAACAAACCACCCUCUCGUAAAUCUGGGGGGGAAAAUACAUUCUUAGUUUAAGAAUAAUUUCAAAUACCCAAGCUUAACCAGAGACCCAACUCUUUUUAUGAUCAUUGGCAAAUAUUUUUUUUCUAUAUGGUGUUUCUGAUUUAGGCCUUUUGGGAAAACAAGCUGGAUGGAACCUGUCGUGUUCAGGAAGCUUUUUCAAAUUUUAGUAUAUCAAUUGAUGAAUACAUUGAACGCUUAUUUUUUUGUCAUCCAUCAAUUGAGGCUUGACUUUGUUUUCAAGUUAAAAUAGUCUAUUUAGUGUUUGUCUGUUAUGGCUGGCUUAAACGCAGAAGAGUCUUGUCUAAAAAGUAAAAAAAAAAUCCUUUUACAUUAGGCAUAUCUUUGUGGUGCAGUGUUAUUUUACCUGUGAUUUGCGCAAGGUCUACAGAAGUCCAUUCUCAACAUUUACAAUCGCCAUCACCUAUGAGGCACUAUGGGGGUCUUGUUAAUUUACUGGCUCAUCUGAAUAAACUUGUUUGGGAAAAAAUCCUUUUUUAUAUAUAUGUUUUUUAGUUUCACAUUUAGUGAAAAGUUCUUGUUUUGAAUUGAGAAAAAUUGAGGGGUAUUUCGAUUAUCCUAAAAAUAAAGAUACUGAUAAUCACUCCAGAGCUGAGGUCUCUGUG